GGGCACGAUCUUCACACCUCACGGCUGUUAGACCAACCAGGAGAGCUGAGCCGAGCCAAGACGCGCCGAGACAAACUCAGUGGAACAGAGCUGAGCCAAACCAAGCCGAGUUGAGCCCAGCAGACUGGUGUGGAACCACCGAGGAAGAUCAACUCUCUAAACAAAGCGCACAGAGUUGAGUUGAGUGUAGGAGAGGAGAGGAGAGAGGAGACAUGUCUGUACCAACUGUGAGACAACUUUUUCUCCUGUGUUUCUUCUGGUGUCUGGGAUCAUGGAGCUCAGCAGAUGCCAGUCCGUUUGAUCAGUGGGAGGACGGGAUCCAGUUAAGGAAGGUGCGAGGCGUCCAGAGUGAUGACCUGAGUGAUGCAUUGUGGGAGGAUCAGAAGGAGGAGCAGGUCCAGAACGUCUUCAAAAGAUUCCUGUUUCAUUACUCUAAAGCACGAAACUCAGUAGGAGCCGUGCAGCAGGAGUCUCACUCAGUCCAUCCUCUGAUGAGACUUUCUCCCAAACUAUCCCAGAGGAGAAAGAAGAAGGUUUUACUGUUGAAGAUUCGCGGUCUGCCUGAGGGGAUGUUGUAGAAGAAUCGACCACAAGAGAUGGACGUCAGGCUGAAGAGAAGAGGAGCAGCAGGCAGCACCUGAACGUCUCACCAUCACUGAACCGAGGAGCCACGCUCAGAGACACACACACACACACACACACACACACACACACACACACACACACACACACACAC